AUGGACCGCUUUUGGACAUUUCUCACUUAUAUUCAUUCUUUCUCCGGGCCUGCAAUCAUGUUGCUCUAUCCCUUGUAUGCAUCAGUUCAAGCGAUUGAGACUGAAGACAAGCUUGAUGAUGAACAAUGGUUAGCAUAUUGGAUUUUGUACUCUUUCCUGACGCUCAUGGAUAUGGUUUUGGAGCCAAUCUUGAGAUGGGUACCAAUUUGGUAUGAGAUGAAGGUAUUGUUAGUGGCUUGGUUGGUAUUACCACAAUUUAGGGGAGCAGCUUUCAUAUAUGACAAGUUUGUGAGGAAACAAUUAAGAAAAUAUGGGGUUUUAAGCGAAUCUUCUUCUAGUUCAUCAUCAUCAUCACCACCAUCCAAGAGCAAGAGCAAGAGCAAGAACAAAUAUUUAGGCCUUGUUACUUCAAAAAAGGGGGAGCAGGAGGAGUAAUGAGAGCUUGGAGAUCAGGUUUGCCUCUCGUUUUAACUUUUAAGAUAUGGAUUACUUUUAAGACAUGGAUAGAUUUCCUUUUUUUUUUUUUUUUUUACUUUU